UUUACGGUACAGAAUUAUUACAGCGCUCUGUGCCUUGUGGACGAACAGAUACCGGGGACUGGUAUACACGCGAUUUAGAUUUAAUAAUCCAGAUUUACCUAGAGAAAAAAAUUCCUUUAACUAGCUUGACGGGAUUGAAAUGUUACAGUUUAGGUUCCCAACAGUGCUAAAGGAGUUGUUUCAAUCCAACCUUAAGCGUCCUUUAUCAGGUAUUGCUAGAAUUAAAACGUCAUCUCCAACCUCCUACUGUUUUAGGACCGCUUGUCACGAUGUCAGAGCGUUAUCAAAACUGAAGACGUUCCAUGCCGGAGGAUAUCGACCUUUACUGUACCCCUCCACAGGGGUCAAAUACUAUUGCACCAAGACCGAGGACGGCGUGACGGCGACCGAACAGACGAAGAAAGAUGAAACCAGCAAAGAGGCAGCAACGGAGAAGAGAAGGAAAGCAGGCAUUCUGCCCAGUCUGGAGGACUUGCUGUUCUACACCAUCGCAGAGGGCCAGGAAAAAAUUCCUGCUCACAAGUUCAUCACAGCACUGAAGGCCACUGGACUGCGUACAGGUGACCCCAGGUUGAGGGAGUGUAUGGAGAUGCUAAAGAUCACCCUGAAGACCACCACAGAUGGAGUCAUGUUGGACCGACAUCUCUUCAAAAAGUGUGUCCAGAGCAACAUCGUGCUGCUGACCCAGGCUUUCCGCAAGAAGUUUGUUGUCCCCGACUUCCUUUCCUUUGCCUCGCACAUCGACGACCUGUACCACAGCGCCAAGAAGCUGUCCGGAGGGCAGGUUGCUGAUUACAUCCCCCAGCUUGCCAAAUUCAGCCCUGACUUGUGGGCAGUCUCUCUGUGUACAGUGGAUGGACAGAGACACACGGUUGGCGACACCAAAGUCCCGUUCUGCCUGCAGUCAUGCGUGAAGCCACUGAAGUACGCCAUCGCCGUGCACGACCACGGGACAGAGUACGUGCACCGCUUCAUCGGAAAAGAACCCAGCGGCCUGCGCUUCAACAAGCUGUUCCUGAACGACGACGAUAAACCCCACAAUCCCAUGGUGAAUGCUGGUGCCAUUGUGUGCACCUCUCUCAUUAAGCAAGGGGCAAGCAAUGCUGAGAAGUUUGAUUAUGUCAUGAACUUCCUGAAUAAGAUGGCUGGGAAUGAGUAUGUAGGCUUCAGCAAUGCCACAUUCCAGUCUGAGCGUGAGUCUGGAGAUCGGAAUUUCGCUAUAGGCUACUAUCUGAAGGAGAAGAAGUGUUUUCCUGAAGGGACGGACAUGACCUCCAUUUUGGAUUUCUAUUUCCAGCUGUGCUCCAUCGAAGUCACAUGUGAGAGUGCCAGCGUCAUGGCAGCCACCCUGGCCAAUGGGGGAUUCUGCCCAAUCACAGGGGAACGUGUUCUGAGCCCAGAGUCAGUGCGGAACACCCUGAGUCUCAUGCACUCAUGUGGCAUGUACGACUUCUCUGGACAGUUUGCUUUCCAUGUGGGCCUGCCGGCGAAGUCGGGUGUGGCCGGGGGCAUCCUGCUGGUGGUGCCCAACGUGAUGGGCAUCAUGUGCUGGUCGCCUCCCCUGGACAAGCUGGGAAACAGUGUGCGAGGCAUCCAGUUCUGCACGGAUCUGGUCUCCCUCUGUAACUUUCACAACUACGACAACCUGAGGCACUUUGCCAAGAAGCUGGACCCUCGCAGAGAGGGCGGAGACCAGCGGGUGAAGUCAGUCAUCAACCUCCUGUUUGCUGCCUACACCGGAGAUGUGUCUGCACUGAGGAGGUUUGCGCUCUCCUCCAUCGAUAUGGAACAGAGGGACUAUGACUCCAGGACUGCCCUCCAUGUUGCAGCUGCAGAAGGACAUGGUGAAGUGAUUCGUUUCCUGCUGGAGGCCUGCAAGGUCAACCCAGUUCCCAGGGACAGAUGGGGCAAUACUCCGAUGGACGAGGCCGUGCACUUUGGACACCACGACGUGGUGACCAUCCUGCAGGACUACCAUAACAAGUACAGCCCUGCAGAGAGCCCCAGCGACACAGAGACUGCGGAGAAAAACCUGGACAGCCUGCUGUAGAACUCCUCAUGGAGAACACCUUUUAGCAAUCCGUAAGACUGCGUUACACAGUUCCUGUCUUGUUCGAGUGAUGUUGACUUUGUACGAUAGUGUUGGUUUUUUUUUGCAGACCAAAAAAAAAAAAAAAAUCCAAAACUCCCACGUUUUACGGUUAUGUUCAGUUUGUUGACCUUGUUUUCCCUGGUGUCAUAAGCUUUGUUCUCUUGUGUGGUGUUGCAGUAUCUUCUCUUUGUUGCACUCCGUAGAAUAUGGAAAUUCUGCAACAAGUGCACGAUUUAUUUGUUUUAUUAUGAAUGUGUAUUGUGUUAAAUUAUUAUAAUAUAAAUCAUACAUACAAUGGGGACCUAAAGUCUGAGGAAGCUACCAAGAACUAUGGUUUUCAUUAUUUUUCAAGGAAUAAUGCAAGUAUGAUUCUCUAGUUGUAGUCUUGUUCAAGAAUACAUUAUUGAGAACAAGGUGAGCUUGUUACAGUGAUAUUCUCACCACAGCUCUGAACCUUACUGAACAUCUGUGUGAGCCUUAGAAUGAAGCGCAAAAUGAGAAGUAAAAAAUUAAUUAAAUUGGGAUAAAUUGAAAGAUGAGGUGUUGCGUAACCGGGUGGAAUCAGUGCCAAGCAGUGUAAAGAUGGUAAUGAAGGUGAAAGGUGGACACAAAGUACUAACCAUUUUUGACCUUCAGUAAAUAACUGCACGUUUUUAUGUAUAUUUAAAAAUAUAUUCUUGAAUAAGAAGUAUAAACAUGAACCAUAAUUGUAUAAUUUAAUCAAUAGGCUCUUGGUAUUGUCCUCAGACUUUUGGUCCCCACUGUGUAUAUAUAUGUACAGUAUGUGUGUGUGUAAAUAGAUAUAUCAAUAGCUGCUUAUAAAAAUGCUUGAAGGGUGUGCUUUAAAAAUAAAGUCUAAUAUUAAUAGUUCUGAUUGAUCAACAUAUAACAAUCAACCACAGUUGUAUCAGAGCUCCCAUACCUCAACCUAAACAUAAAUUGAACUAUACUUUUGAAAUCAGAUAUUUUCUUUAGCUGGCAUCUUUAACCCUUUCAUUCCCAAACCCAAUAUGAAGUAGCUCCACCCAAUGGAGUGGUUUUGGCUUCGGUUGAGAAAAUGUCGUAGGAUUUUAGUAGGGGCUCAGAAAAACAGUAUAGCAUCGGUUUUUUACUCUUUGAUUGGUUGAAAAGGUAAAGAGUGAAGGUGAAGAGUGCCAUAUGGCACUUUCGGGAUUUUAUGGCAGUUACGCUUAAGGGGCAUAUGGCAUUAUUGGGACUUCAGUUACUUGAAAUUGAAAUUACAGUAAAUCCUCAAAUUGUGUCCGGGAUUCUAUUUGAAGCCGGGCCUCGGAUAAUAGCCGGGGGCGUGGUCGAUUCGGACAAAUAAAGGCCGGCCCCCAAAUACAAGCCGGGGUAAUAUUGCCUACCAGUCGGGCUAUCAGUCCAUGAGCACUAGAAGACAUUGUUUCGAUUUAACUCAAUGAAAUAAAAGAGCUCUUCUUAAUAUUUUAUAUUGUUGGUUGGUUUAAUACUGUUGCCAGUGAAAAGUCGUUGUCCUACACCAUGGGUCUCCAACACGUUGCUCUCAAGCUACCAGUCGCUUGCCGCCCCCUUCUGAGUAGCUUGCCAAAGGCUGAAGCAGUAUACAUUUAAACACAAUUGUUGCCGCGAGGCAUUCCAGCGUACGAAUUUAAUAAAAAGUAAAUCAGGCUAAAUUAAAAAUUAACUCAAUUUAGGCUACUUGGCUGCGCAAUAAGGUUUCCAUGUAUUUACAGCACACUGCACAUUCAAUGAAUGAAUGAAAGCGGCUGUCUUGGCUCGCAAUAAACAGACGGGUGGAAAUCCCGACACUCUUUCAACUACAUAAAACUUAACAGUGAACCAUCAAAUACCCCCCAGAUUCCAGUGCCCAUCUGUCGCAACAUUUAGCAAUAGAAUCAAACAGUCCAAAAGUUAAUUAAAUCCCAAACCACAGCGAAAAUCUUUUGAUAGCCUACCGGUAUGCUGCUCCAAAUGAAACGCAUGUCUCACAAUAAAACGCACUUUAGGAAAAAAGAUCCUUAACGUGCUGUUAUCUACGCUAAUUUGUUAUUGUUCAUGAAGGCGUGUCUGGCAAGUUGUUAUUUUAUGGAUUCUGGACUUGCAUGUGAUUUAUUGUGUGUAUUUGCAAUAAACUAAGUCUGUUAAGACUGACACUAUGACUUAUCAAACGGUGUUCCUGAUUAGCCUACACUAAUUGAUUUCUGAACGGUUACAGGACGUGUUGAACAACCAGUGAACAAAAAGUGUAGCCUUUCACUUAUUUCUAAGAAUAAAAUUCUACAACAGAAGCCUAAUAAGAAAUAAAGGCCUGCCUCGAAUACAAGCCUGCCCCAAAUAAAGGCCUGUGCUUUGUGCAGCCUAAGUAAAUAAAAGACCCCGGACACAAUUUGAGGAUUUACGGUAUGUGACAUGUGAUGCUAGUCUUUGUGUCUUGUUACUUGUUACUCUCACGUUAGUCUUUAUUCUCCAGUUUUCUCCUCAUCAUCAUUUCAAAGGACUGCACAAUGUUACGUUGCUGCGAUGUGUGGGAAGUUCAUAAGAGCCGACUGGACAGCUGUUUACUCUAAUUGCUGCAACACGGAAACACGCACUUACAAAUUGCCGAAAGCUCGGUGGUAAAUAAGCCAGUGUUCCCUCCUUCUGCUUUUCAAUUAUUCCGGCAAGAAGAUUUAAAAAAAUCUUUUUGAUGAUUUACCUGUUCCAGGAACACAUUCAUGAAGGCUUGGACCAUACCCUCGGAAACCCAUAUCCCUUACAGAGCAGACCUAUUUAUUUCCCCAAAAUUAUAAACAAGCUGGGGUCCUUAAACACACGUAAAGGGUGAUGUUUAGAGUAGAGACAUCCAUUGUUGAAUGAUGGCUGGAGCACUUUUUUACAGGGAAAAGCACAUUGAUUGUUACUGUACAGAAGAUGUAAACUCACGCACAUACUUUACUUGGUGUAUGCCUGUGAAUUCUGCGCCUUCUCUUAGUGAAUGUUCUGUAUACGUGUGCGUGUGUAAGUGUGUCUCUAUCUAUGAAUGUAUGAAACCUGAGAAACAGUGGGGUAACAUCAAAAUGAAAUAAAAUGGAAGAGCCAUAGACACCAGUGACUGGCGCAAAGUUACAUUUGCUUUUCAGCUGCAGCAGCCAGGAGACCUGUGCUGGGACUCAGUUCAGAUCUGUACCCUGCACUGCAAGAAAAUGGCUGUCUUAACAAGCAUUUUAGACUUGUAAUAAGACUUAAGAUCUUUUUUUCUCAAGUAGAAAAUAUUAGCUUCUUUUAAGUACUGCCUGAUAAAGUUCACUAGCAAAUCUUGAAAUUAGUCAAAACAAAUAUUUGACAGAAAUAUUCUUAUUUAGCAAAAAUAGGAAAUAAGAUUUUAAGUCUCAAUAUAAGGCUAAAAUACUUGUAGAGAUUGACUUCUUUUUUUUUGCUGUAUGUGCAUGGAGGUUCAGAUCUGUACUCUGUACUGGGAGUAGGUUCAGAUCUGUACUCUGUACUGGGAGUAGGUUCAGAUCUGUACUCUGUGCUUGGAGUAGGUUCAGAUCUGUACUCUGUGCUGCGAGAUUUGUGCUCUGUGAUGGAAGGUGCAGAUCUCAGUGCUGAAUGUAUUCCUUUUAUGUUUUUUUUCUUUUCUCAGUUAUACUGAGAUGGUUACAAUUGUGCAUUGGUGCAGGUAACGGAAAUAUUUAUAUUUGUGAACAAUGUUAAAUAAAGCAAUGCUUUAAAGUCA